UCAAGCAACUUGGCCUUCAAAAAUUUCGAAAUUCGAGCCUGCGGCGCUCAAAGUAGAGCUCAGAUCUUCCAGUAUCCCGCCAAAUACCCUCAUAUCCCCGGUAUCAAUUUAAAUGCACACAUAUCCCUUUAUUCCUCCAUCUCCCCAAUUCACCCAUGGUAUUUCUUAUACUCUUAUAUCCUUCAUAAUUCCCUUGUAUCCCCGAUAUUACUCAAAUCCUCAUCCAUCCAAACACUUUUAUAUAUCACAAAAGAAAGUAGGACUGCUGACACUUAUUUGUUAGUGAUACUUCAAUUUUUAAUUGGAAAAUGGCUGAUACAUAU